UAAAAGCAUAAAUAAAAACAUGGAUAAAGCUCACCGACAUAAGGUUGCCAAGCCUUUGCUGCCCACUGGUCGGGUUAAAUCAGCACGUCUUUACCUGAAUCACAAACCUGGUCCUUCUCAUCUGGACAUUGAAGAUGGACCACUCUACAAAAUGAAGGGGAAACGAAGAACAUCCCUCAUUGGAUCAGAUGCACUGAUUCUUGUUUUGGAGCUACUUCAGAUACUGGCCGUAUUGCAGUCAAUGUCUUUGAAGUGGGUGUGGCCAACAGCGUGGUUAACUUAUGCCAACUUUAUCUUAAUUUUCAACCUGGAUGUGUGGGACUUUGUGAAGGUUAGCAGUGGAGUCUUCAAAGGUGUUCAGAACUAUGACAUACCCAGUUCAGUGUUACCUUAUUCAUUCAACUACAUGGUUCUCGGUUGGGGUGUUCUUAUUUUCUUGCUUUUUACAGCAUUUAUUGUGGUAUACUGUAUCCUGCGAUACAGAAGACGGCCGUAUCUCUUGGUCCAUACUGCUAAAAUGGAACGAGGAAUCAUAAUUAUUUGUCAGAUUCUUGCCCUACCCAUUGGAACAGUUUUUUUCAAACUGUUCCAUUGUACAAGUACAGGCACGGUGGAUGUCUUGAAUGAUUUAACCUGCUUCAGUGCUAUUCAUUGGGCAUACUUACUGUUUGGACUUGUCAUCAUUGUGGCACUGUUCAUUGUCCUCCCAGCAUGGAUGAUAUACCGAACGAGACACGAGGUUGUGGGUUCAACGUCCAAACACCACGAGAGCUACCUGCAGUUGAAGGAAAUGGAAUACAUGUCUGGACUGGAUGUCAUCUGGUUGGUGAAGGGCUUCCACAUAUUUUCAUCUUUCAGACUGAAUGGUGUUCACUACCGGUCGGCCAUGCACAUCUUCAAGCUGCUGCUUCUCAUUGCGUAUGCUUCCCUGUAUGAAUACAUUUUACCACAAGCAGUAACCACAGCCGUGCUGCUGAUCUUGAUGUGGCUUCUUUUUGUCAUCAUCCUUCCUUUCAGGAUCUUAAGCUUCAACCUACUUUUCAUCAUCUGUUUCCUGUGCCUCAUUGGGGAUGCUGUGUUUGGAGCCAGUAUUGCCAAUGUCCGUCCAUCAGACGUGUCAUCACCAUGGCUUGUUGAGCCGUACGCAUCAUGGGUGAUGGUCACGUUGAAUGUUUUCAUGGCUAUUGUGAUCUUUGCGUUUCUGGUGUAUCUCAUCAUAGCUCACUCAUGCUGUGGUGGAAGACGUGGUAAACCUCCAAUUUGGCCAGCGAUGAAUUACCAAGGAGCUGACCAGCUGAGCUUUGAAACAAACAAGUUUAUGAAUGCAGUGCUUAGAGGAAGAACAAUUCUUGAAAAGUGUCGCAGUGUGCAUCCAAUGUUUGCACCAGUGCACGAGCUGUCACAACAGAUUCAGGUGAUUAAUGCCUAUCUGAGGGAAGCGGAACUGCUGUCCGACGCUCUUCAUGGGACUCUGUGGGAUCUGCUAGAUGAAAUGAUCUUGGCCUAUGAGAAACUUGAACCUAAGUCUCUGUUUGGUGAAAGUGUGAAAGAUUCCAUCCGCAGUACCUCUGCUGAUCUGAUGAAGAUGAUGCCCAUGUUCUCUCGACGAAUGGCUCAGCGAGACUAUGACCUCAUUCUUGUGUCACCAAUGAAAAGGAGAAUGCUUCUUAAAAUGUUUGUUAUGGGAGUGUUUUUAAAUGGGCGUUCAGAAAAGGUUGCUAAGCAACAGAUUACAGGUCCUGAGUUGGAUAGGAUUUGGCCAGAAUCAUCUUCCAAUCCUGUAAUUGAAGACAAGCAUGAGUACUUUGAAGACCUGUACCCAGAACCUCUCUGUGGUCCUGACCAAGAAGAGAUGUACGCUGAUGAGUCACUCAAUCUCCCACUGGAUCUCUUGGAGUUAGAUGAGGAUGAGAAGAGUAUUUCCUCUUUCAUUAAGGGAGCUCCAGACUUGUUAAGUUUUCCACCUACAAGCUCAAGACAAGGCUCCAGUCUGUCGGAAGACAGCAGGACUGGUUACAUUAACCCAGCAUUUGUCUCUGAUACAACACCUGCUAUUACCACAGAAAACACUCAGGGCAAACAGCAACCUGAGAUCACUUUGGACGACUUUGAAGAAGGAGAAACAUCUACUGACAACACAAAAGUCCAACAAGAGGUAACAGCAGCAGAUGUUCAUGUUAAGACAGGAACUCGGGGCCAACAUUCAGAAAGAACUAACGAUGGUGGCAAGAAAAAGAAAAACCGAGACCCAAGUCCAAAGAAGUACAAGAGCAAGCCUGAUACAAAGAAACCUGCUGCCACUGAUAAAUCAGGAAAAGACCCUACAUCAACAGUGAUUGCUGCUCCUCCAGAGAAUGAAUUGGCUUUACCACAGGUCAGCAAGUUGGACACUGAGUCUUCUGAUCAGAGCAAACCCACAACAGAAAGGAGUCAGCCUUCGUCAGAACACGUCACUUCGGAGAAAGAGAAGUCCAGUGAAGUUCUGAGUGGCGAUAGAGAUGCGGAAGGAGUUAAACACAAAAAACAUAAAAGUUUGAAAAAGAAGAAAAGUCAUGGAAAGAUAAAGUGAAGGAUGUACGAUGAAACCAUUUCUGGAGAUGUUUAAUGUACACUGGUCACUUAAGACAGUGGUGUCUAUUUAAAAAUUAACUUAUUCAGGACUAUAAAAUAGUGACCACUGGAAAAUGAAAUAAUUUGGGACAUUAAAAUAUUUUGAAGUAUAAAACAGUGGCUUUUUAAAAGGUAAUUAAUCUAAAACUUUAGACAGAUGUCUUCUUAAUAAUAAUGACACUUUGGGAGUUUUACUACACAAUGGCGAUUUUUAAAAAAGAUUUUUAAGGGAUAGCAAAUUUGUGAUAUUUUUUAUUUAUAUAUCCUGUCAAUUAGAAAUGAUGAUUUUGUGAUAAAGGUGACACAUAAGUGAGUUUUACCAUAUACAUUUGUGUAUAUGGGCUGUUGACUGUAAAUUACAAAUGUGAUAGCAAAGUUGUGAUAUUUUUUAUUUAUAUACCAUGUCAAUUUGGUGUGACGAUUGUUUUCUUAUUUUGAUUAGCAUGUUUCUUGCAAGUUAAAAUUGAAGAUUUAACUUUUUUAACUUUAUUUUUUAUAUUGUUAAUGGUCUUUUAAUAUAAGGUGUUGUAACUUUAUAUUUAAAUUUAUUUUUGUUUAUAUUAUUUUGUAAUCAAACAAAAAUACAUUUUAAUCUGUAACUUGUAUUUGUGAGCUCUGAUUUACAGUUUGAUUAUUUUUUAAUAUUACACACACACUUGCACA